AUGGCAGAUGACUCCCCGGUGAGUGAGGACAUCUAUGACUAUGUCUACAUUGAUGCCUUUGGUAAAGGCAAACAGCUGACAGCCAAGGAGUGUGAGUACCUCAUUGGCCACCAGGUGACGGCAGAUUACUACAGUGCCAUAAGCACCACCGAGGUGCUGCUCAGGAUGGUGGGAAACCUGCUUAACAUCGGUAAAAGAGGGGAGGGCAAUGAGAAAUCCUACCAGCUGCUGAGAGACUCUCUGGACCUCUACCUCACUAUCAACCCAGAUAAUGUGCAGUACCUGCUGCUGCAGGCACGCCUCUACUUCCACCUGGGCAUCUGGCCAGAAAAGGUGCUAGACAUCCUGCAGCACAUUCAGGCAUUGGAUCCCUCCCAGCACGGGGCAGUGGGUUACCUCGUACAGCACACGCUGGAGCACAUCCAGCACAAGAAGCAUCCCGUUACACCUGAGGUGAAGAAGCGCAGCGUUUCCGAACACCUGGAGGUCCAGUAUUCAGUCGGCCUCAUCAUGAAACACAAGAGAGAACCUGGAGCCCCACUCGGCCCCCCUGGAGAUCGGCCACCCGGAGGUGGGACAUUACUUCUCAGAGUUUUCUCAGAGUUUGCCGACACCCACUAUUUUGCCAACGAAGAACUGCAGACCCGAUACCCAGAGGACAUGGUUGAAACGUUGGGUACAGUGCAGGAGCUUUACCACAGACUGACACCUGGCACUGGGAACCAGGACCAGGCUCUUGCCACAGACCAAAACAACCACCAAGCCAUGCCCAUGUAG